AUGACUAGGUGGUUCACUGAACGACGUGAGCAAGGAGUUCGUCACAUGCACCCUGUCACGUUCGAUGUGGGGAACAAGAUGAAGGAGCUAUAUGAUUUUACGUCUCGCUUUCUCGAAGUUUCCAAAAUCAAUGAUUCAGAGUUUGAGGUUAAGGGAGAUACAAGAGAUCAAGUGGUGAAUUUUCAAACAAGGCAUUGUUCAUGCUUUGUGUUUGAUGUUGAGAAGUUUCCUCGUGCUCAUGCAAUUGCUGCUGCAAAGGCUGGAAACAAGCAUGAAAAUGAUUAUGUCGAUGAGUUUUUCUCCAAUGAAAGGUUUACACUAGCAUAUUCAGAGAGUGUAUAUCAUGUUGGCGAUAAAGCAUAUUGGGAUAUUCCUCCCCAUGUAGCUUCGUUUGUCUGUCGCCCUCCAUCUACACGCUUUCCUAGUGGCAUGAGGAAAAAAAAGAGGACACCAAGUUCGUGGGAGUAUGGAAAAUAUCGGCCCAUAUCCAAACCAUCACCCAAGUCUUACAAAUGUAGCAGAUGUGGACAGAAAGGUCACAACAAAGGUAGUUGUGUAGUGCCUAUUUGA